AUGGCUGCCUAUGUGCUGACCUUGCUGGCACUUGUUUCUUCAGUACUUGGGCAGGACCAGUGUCUAGACGGAAGGACUCCCAUAUAUGUCGACUUUCAUGACCGUCAUGUCAACAACAGCGAGGGGAAUCCAGAUGCGAACAUACAAUACGGCCUCUUUAUUGGCGUCGGUACCCCCGCUCAGAACCAGUCACUAUGGCCCUCGUUAGUGCAUAAUGAGACGACCUUUAGCAGUCCAAGUUUCUGCGAUAACAGCACGAAUCCUUCAUGCAGGGAACAAACGCACGGCACGUAUCAGCCAGAAGAUUCGGAAAGAUAUUCACCAAACGACACCUUUGUACCACUCGACAGCAACGGCAUCGGGCCAACGCAAGUCGGUGGGACCGGCAGCGACACCCUCAAUGUCUACACCCACUACUUCGACCCUUCGCCACCGAAUGUCACACUGGUCGAAGACUUUCCCGUCACACAACUUACAGACUACAGCUCCGAUGAGUCUCCGUGGUUUGGCCCGUCUGGUCACCUUGGUCUAGGGCCAAGUGCACCUAUUCUCUCACGUCUCGUCGCUCUCAGUCUCAUCACAACCCGUUCUUUUGGACUAUAUGUUGGCACUGCUUAUCCGCGUCCGGGCGGUGCUAUCAACGGCUCUUUGACCCUCGGCGGCUAUGAUUCCGGUCGCUUUACAGGAACUUCACAUAAUUUCACUCUCGACAAUGUCUUUAAUCUCGAAGAGGGUGAAACGCCCUUCCGUGUGACCAUUGACUCUCUCACCCUGCAGGACGCCAACAACAAUAACGCCACCACCCGACUCAACAACGACUCUUUCUCCGCCUACCUCACGACCGACCAGUUCAGCAUGACUUUCCCUACCGACAUGACCGACGCAUUUGUAUCCGCUACCGGCGCCGGCGACCCUACCAAUAACGACUUUUCCGAACCAACCUUCCCCCUCCCCUCCAACGCCAACUUCUCCCUCACCAUCACCAUACAAAACGGCCCAACAGUCGAAAUCCCCUGGUACGAAAUGCGCAACGCAUCCAACGCCUCCCCCAUCUCCCCACCCCGCUCCACCAACAGCACAUCCACCUCCAACACCGCCCUCCUAGGCGCCCUCUUUCUCUCUCACCUCUACCUCACCGUCAACUACGACGCCACGCCCCCAGCCUUCUACCUCGCCGAAGCCCUCCCGCACGGGCCCUACGUCAUGACCCAGCCGCUCUGCGCCGACACCAUCCCCGUCAUGGCCGCGCAAGUGCGCCUCUCCAGCUGGCGCGCCAAUGGCGUCAUCGGUGCCGUACUAGGCGGCGUUAUCGGCGGUAUCGGCCUCGCUUUCGCGGCGUGGUGGUGCUUCGUCAAAGUGCAGCAGCGCAAGCUGUCCAAGCUGGGCGAGGCGGAAGAUGAGGAGAUCAAGGGUGCGGCGUUGGUUAUCAGGAAUGGGGUGGUGAAGGGUGUGGGCGGGAGUGGCGCUGGUAGCCGAAGCCCGAGGGCGAGCGGAAGGGGCGGGAAGCGUGCGGCGCUCGUGGGAAUCAUGAAGGGCCGCCGGAACGAUGGCAAGGGGAAAGGCAAGGGCGUCGCUUACGGAGGCAUUGACCGGCCCAAGAAGAUCAGUUGGAGCGGCAGCAGCGAGAACAGUGGCAGCGACGAGGCGGACCGCGGCGGCUACGACAUGCAGCAGUUCAGCCCCGUCGCCAUCCCUGCCGCGUACGGAUAUCCCACCGGCGAUGCUGGGGCCUCGCACAACCAUACGCAGCAGCAGCCGCAGCAGCAGCAGCAUCAUCAUUCUGACCCAUUAACCACCAACCCACCACAGCAACACUCUUCUCACCACCACCCAUCCGUCCUCGCAAUCGGCCAAGCCAUCAGCUCCCCCUCCGACACGCAAGCCCCGCCCCUCCGUUCCAUCUCCCCUGUCAGCCCCAUGUCAACCCUUUUCUCCUCUGACAACGAGGACGAUGAGCGCGAGCACUUCGCCCCCGCGACUCAGCCUGCUGGUUUCCCGCUUCCGGCGGCGGCGGCGGCGUAUUCUCAGUCGCAAUCGUACUCGAAUUCAAAUUCGAAUUCGCCGUCUCCGCCGUCGCGGCUGCAGCAGCCGCCACUGGACCUACAGCCGCCGCCAACACUAGGCGGCGCAGGUGCAGGGGGUGAUGGCGGGUUAGUCAGCCUGACGAGUUCGCUGCGCACGUCUGAGACGGGCGGGAGCGGGAGCGGUGGCUCGUUAUCAUCGUCAUCGCCAGCUGCGGGGUCGCGGCCGGAGUUGAGGUUGAAGACGGCGGUUGGGUCGGGUUUUAAUGGUGAGGCGAGGACGGCGAAGAAGUUGAGGCUGGUGCCGGUUAAUGGUGGAGAUGGGAGGGGUGGGAGUGUUAGGGUGGAGAGGGUUGGUGGUGGACGAGAGGGAGGAGAAGCAGGGGUGGGUUGGAGGAGGAAGAUGUUUCCUGCCUAG